AUGUAUGUGAAAAUGCGGUGUAUGCACAAUUAGACCGCAUCGGAUAUAAUCAGGAAGCUCAAACGUUAUUCUUUUACUAGAAAAUUGCUAGCAAACCUUAGAAUUCUCUAGGAGGAAAGAGAGAGUAAAAUUCAUAUUUGAUUGAUAAUAUGAAUAAGAUUACAAACCUACCUUUGAUUGAAAAUAUGAAAGAUUAAAAACCCACCUGCACCCAGAAAGUGUACUUGUAGAUUCAAAACAACAUAUUAAGCCCUAUUUUGACACCGAUGACCAGAUCUGUAACCUGCAAGUCUUGCUGCCAAUUUUGCGUCUUUCAAGCUGCUCCUUCGAUCAGCUUUGUCAUCUGUUCUACACUCUAUCACUUAUAAGUGAGAUGUGUUAGUUUUGAAUCUCGUAGACGACGAGUUCGAAACCAAUUUAUUUUUAUACUCCUUAGUAGAAAUGUCAUGUAUAAAAAAGAGUAUGCACAAUUAUUUCUCCAGUACUAGCUGAACUUCUCACCCACAUAGGCAUUUGUAAGAAGGCAAAAGUAAAGGCAAAUUGAGAAUUGAAUGGUAACAUCUGAAGACCAAGAUUUCCUUUUUCAGGCUUGAGGAAAGCAACAUUUCCUUCAGACGAUAGGAUGCUUGUUCAAACGUAUUCAACAGGAACAAUUCAAAAGGAUGCUAAACCAGAGUUGGCAAUGGAAGAAGGGAGCACCGGAGGUAUAUGCAUUUCUCCCAUCAACGAUGGUCAGAAUGAUCAAACGAAUAUCUCGGACCAAGAAUCGGGUUCAGUUAUCCGAGCACUAGUGACGAAUCUCCUAGAACUUUUGGGAAUCAAUCGUAUAUAUCGGAUGAAAUUAAUACAUGAUCGAGUCAACCAGUUUCUACCUCUCAUGUUUAAAGAGGCACAAACUAUGCAGUAUGGACACGAAUGCUUCCAGGAUGCACUGCUCGUAGCAGCAGAACGAGGGCAUGUGGAAUAUAUUACUCAAUUUUGUAAAACUUACUUACAGCAGCCCUUAGACGGAAUUUAUGACGAAAACGAACAGAACCUGUUCAAAAUUGCCGCUGAAUGCCGUCAGCACAAAGUUUAUAAUCUUAUGAACGAAACAAGUCAGGCAGUAGAAGAAAUUGAUGACUUUCGCAAUAAUAUGCUACAUACAGUAGGAAAUAUUUCCUCAAAGACAUUGUCAACGAUUAAUCACAUUCAAGGUGCAGCUUUGCAAAUGCAAAGUGAACUACAAUGGUUCAAGGAGGUGGAGAGCGUUGCAGAUUCUAUGGAUCGUGCAUAUGUAAACAUAGAUGGUAUGACACCCCGUGAAGUAUUUACUAAGAGCCACAAGGAAUUGAGGAAAGCGGCGGAAAAAUCAAUGAAAACCACAUCAACAUCUUGCACAGUUGUAGGUGCUCUCAUUGUUACCAUGAUGUUUUCGGCAUCAUUCACAAUUCCUGGUCAAAAUAAUGGAGAUACAGGUCUUCAUACUAGAAGGGUAUUCACAACUUUUCUAGUUUCAGAUGCAAUCUCACUAUUUUCUUCCACAACUUCAGUUAUCAUGUUUCUGGGAAUUCUCACAUCACGUUAUUCUGAAGAGGAUUUCCUCAAAUCCUUGCCCACAAAAAUGAUAGUUGGCCUUUUCACCCUCUUUUUAUCUAUUGCCACCAUGAUGAUUGUCUUUUCUUGUGGACUUUAUAUUAUGCUUGACGGAAAAGCAACAAUUGUUAUUCCAAGCAUUUUGCUUGCCGGUGUUCCUGUUAUCUCGUUCAUAUGGAUGCAAUUUCCGCUUCUUGUUGAAUUAUCAAUUUCUACUUUUGGGCGGGGAAAAUUUGAUAGGAACAAAAGAAAGUUGUCUUAAGUUCCUAUGUUAUCUUUAGUUGGGCCGGGAAUUAUUAGAUUUGCUACUUGUUAGCCAAUAAUGUAUGCGCUCCUUAGCCAAUAAUGUAUGUGCUUUUGCUUUCGUCAAUAAUGUAUGUCCUUCGAUGCUAUAAAUAAAAACCAACUUGAACUUA